AUGGAGUCCCCAAAGUCCGGCCUUGAGCUCGAGAGGGAGCUGACCUGUUCUAUCUGCACCGAGCUGCUAUACCAGCCGCUCACUCUGCUCGACUGCCUGCAUACAUUCUGCGGCUCAUGCUUGAAAGAAUGGUUCAGCUUCCAAGCUGCGAAAAUCGAAAAUGCCCCCAACCCGCCGCCGGCCGAUGCUGCUCCAUUCACAUGCCCCUCAUGCCGGGCGCCGGUGAGAGAUACGAGGCACAGCGCCACGUUCGUGACCCUCCUCGACAUGUUGAUCUCAGCGCACCCGGAGAAAGCCCGCACCGAUGCCGACAAGGAGGACAUGGCGAGCAAGUACAAGCCCGGGGACCAAGUGAUACCAAAAAUCAAACGCCGGGAGCGGACCGCUGAUGAGAGGCGAGCCGACGAGGAGGACAGGAGGCUGGUCGACAGUGUCAGAGAGAUUAGCCUGCGUGAGACUAGCGGUGCACCACCCCAGUCAUCCAGGCCUCAGCAUCGGAGGGACAGCAGGUCCAGGUCGAGCGGAGAUACAGCGUCAGAUACACGUCAGCGUCGCACACGGGAAGGAGGGCAUCGACAUAGACGGGAUGAGCCCCGCCGGCAGAAUUCUGAUCAGUUGGCUCCUGACGGAGAGCCGAGGCGGAGGAGGCGAAGUGAAUCACGGCAGCGGCAGGCCGAACAGGAACGUGCGGCCCGCCCCCAGAUAGGGCAUCAGUCCUCCUUGCGCUCUUUGAUCAGUUCUGCGGACAUGAAUGAUCGGGAUAUUGAGAAGGAGAUUGAAGAGUUUGCGCGGCAGAUCCAGGAGGAAGGACUUCUCAAUGGGCUUGAUCUCGAUAACAUCGAUCUAUCCCGAGAUGAUGAGCUUAGCCGCCGGAUCACAGAAGCAUACCGUCGACGACAAAGGGGGCGAACCCGAAACGAGACCUCCUCCAGAAGCAACGGUCGGUCAAGCAACAGCAAUAGCGGUCACUCGAGUUCGAAUCGGCCUACGGAAAGCAGCCAAGGGGACAGAGGACCAACUACAGCAAGUAACGGAGGCCGACAAGGAAGUAGCCGCCCCAAUCGCCAGGCGCGGUCCGCAAGCGCCGGUGGACAUUCGGAAGACAGGCGAAGGCCGCCUACGGCUUGGACCGCCAAUCUAGAUGCCAGAGACUCAUCCAGCACUGGGAGGCGCCGUGCCAGCAGCAAUGGCCGCUCAACCACAGUCCCAACUGUACCCGCAUUUUCGACCCCUCCCACAUCGGACUCAAGUAGAGCGCGGUCCCAGACGGACCUGACCAUGCCACUCGGCUCCGUGGAUGGUGCCGGACGUGCCAGGCCAGCAACCAGCUCCAGGAGAAAUUCGAGUUCCCCAGUCACCAACACUUCUCCGACAAAUCUUCCAGCUUCCAGUGCACCAAACCUCCAGUCGUUCGCAAACAGAGCAACACAAGCGAACUCUAAUCCCACACCAGGCCGCUCCACUACGCCCCCGGAGACUUCACAACAGUCAACACAGACUAACAGGCAAAGAGCAAACCCACCGGCCGAGCUUCCUGUUAUGCACUCAUCGGCAUCGGGCCCUGUUAGCACCAGUCCAAUUCUCAGCCCUGUCAGUGCUGGACAUCAACGGAAGAGAUCUCAACUUUAUCCAGAACCAUCAAUUACGUGUGCUAGGUGCGGCAAGACGCAUAUUGAGUACGAAGUCCACUACAACUGUCACAUAUGUGCAAACGGGCAAUGGAAUAUCUGCCUUACCUGCUACAGAGCAUCAUUAGGUUGCAAGCAUUGGUUUGGAUUUGGAUAUGCAGCCUGGGUCAAAUGGGAGAAGAUCCGCAAUCGUAGUGAUAGCCCACAGGCAAUGUCGCCACCCCACGUGUUGACUGCCCAUCGAUACGUCCCUCCCCAACACCAACCGGGCGGCGCUGAUGGCCGGAAGACGCUCACAGCGUACGACCCAAAGAACAGACUUGAGGUUGGAAUGUUCUGUGCCCGCUGCUCUGCUUGGGCGAAUGAGUGCUUCUGGCGUUGUGAACAGUGCAACGAAAAUGACUGGGGCUUUUGCAACAACUGCGUCAACCAGGGCAAGUCAUGUUCACACAUGCUGUUACCAUUGACCAACGAAGCGUCGUCCUCACAAGACCGCCCAAAGAGUCCCCGCUCCCCCGGACCCCCGGCCACUGCGAGCAUCCUCACUGGACCCUCGGGGUCAAGCGUGGGAGACUUCAAGCCGCUCACCUUUGCGACGAGGUGCGAUAUUUGCCAAGAUCCGAUAGGGUUAACGCAAACUCGAUACCACUGUUACAGCUGCAAGAGCGCCCUGAUUGCCGACGCGACGCCUGGAGACUAUGACAUCUGCACCUCUUGUUAUGAUAAUUUGGUUCAGCAUGGUGAAAUCAGUCCCGAGAAUGGUCAUUCAGGGUGGAGGCGAUGUCUUAAUGGGCAUCGGAUGGUUGUGAUUGGUUUCACUGAAGGCAAGAUCGGACUCUGGCGCUACGUGGAUCAUGAUCUUGUCGGUGGCCGGGCCCUUGGAUCGGAACCGUACACCAGUGUAGACAAGCGUGGCCUGGAGCUGGUCAAGUGGUCGUGGCCAUGGGGUGACCAGAAACGGGAGCGCCUUGUAUCCAAGAACGUGAAGCACGCGGCGCCCUCAAGCGAUGGUGGAGUGACAUUCACACAGACCUUCCCACCAGAUGGUGGCGUGGGCGCUCGCGCUACCGCAAAGUGGGCAUGGUAUCCAGCCUCUGGGAAUGACGACGAGUUGAUGUUUCCUCGUGGAGCUGAGAUAAAGGAAGUAGAGGAUAUGAAUGGGGACUGGUUUUUUGGAACAUAUAUGGGAGCCAAAGGUGUAUUCCCAGCGCCGUACGUCCGGCUACACCAAGAAAAUUGA